UCCAAGACAUCAGGUGGCGCUAAUGUAAUGCAGUCUUACACCGUCCGCGGUUGAUGAAUAGAAAACACAACACGUGACAUUGUUGUUUGCAAAGGUAUCUACUAGGUAGCGUAAACCCGCUAGGCUGAAGCAGAAAGACGUUUCAACAUUUAUUUGAUAAAACAACAGAUAGACUUUCAUUGCACUCGCCAAUAUGUCCAAACUACAGUUGCUGAAUGUAUUCGUCACCGAGCGUUUAUCCGCGGCUGCUGUGGAGAUAUUCGGGGCGGUAGAGAAGACUAUAGCAGAGUAUCGGGAAGAAAUAUUCCGUUCAGCAGAGGAGAACGAGCGUCUACGGCGGGAGAUGGACAUGAUUAUCAAAUCAGAGAUACAGUUAUACAGAACAGGCUUCCAGCUACUCACUCCCUCUGUUCCCCCUGAGCAGCAGAACUGUGAGCAGGAGUGGAGCCCCAGUCUGGGGCAGGAGGACCCAGAACCCACACAGAUUAAAGAGGAACAACAGGAGCUCAGACUCAGUCAGGAGGACUCACCUCAGCCCUCACAUCUUUACCAAAACCAAACUGUGGAUGAUGGAGAGAGGAGCACUCUACCUAUCAUCAUAACUGAAGAGAUCAAAACAGAACCUGAUGUAGAGGGCUACAGAGUACCAGAACCAACCAGUGAUCAGCCAAUUUCAGUUCAUCCAGACUGCUCUGCUACACUGGAAAAACCAUAUUGGUGUAAACAAUGUGGCAAAAGCUUUACACGUAAGGGAAACUUGACCUUGCAUUUAAAGAUACACACAGGAGAGAAACCUUUUCUGUGCAAACAAUGUGGCAAAAGGUUUAACCAGAAGAGCAACUUGACCGUCCACACAAGGACACACACAGGAGAGAAUCCCUAUCAGUGCAAACAAUGUGGUAAAAGGUUUAACCAUAAGAGCAACUUGACCAGCCAUACAAGGAUACAUACAGGAGAGAAUCCCUAUCAAUGGAAAGCUACUUAAGACUUCAUCAGUGUGUUCACACGGGAGAAAUCUUACCAGUGCAAAUAAUGUGUCAAAAGCUUUGGUUAUAAACAGCCAUACAUCACAUAUGAGCACUCACAUUAAAGGGUAUACAUUAUAUUACUGCAGUGAGCACAGCAAAAGCUUCAGCCUGAGGUGAAAGUGAAAACAACAAAUGAUACUUUGUAUCGUGGAUUUCUUCUCACAUCCAACUUGUAAAUUAAUGUUAUGUUCUGUUUUCUGGCACUUGACGACAAAACAAAUUGAGUUGUGAAAAUCAUCAGUCAGUAUUAGAUUUCUUAGCUGAAACUAGCUCUCACUUUCAGAGACCUACAGUGCAUUCAGAAAGUAUUCAGACCCCUUGACUUUUUCCUUUCAGCUUUGCCUCGAUCCUGACUAGUCUCCCAGUCCCUGCCGCUGAAAAACAUCCCACAGCAUGAUGCUGCCACCACCAUGCUUCACCGUAGGGAUGGUGCCAGGUUUCCUCCAGACGUGAUGCUUGGCAUUCAGGCCAAAGAUUUCAAUCUUGGUUUCAUCAGACCAGAGAAUCUUGUUUCUCAUGGUCUGAGAGUCUUUUAGGUGCCUUUUGGCAAACUCCAAGUGGGCUGCCAUGUGCCUUUCGCUGAGGAGUGGCUUCCGUCUGGCCAUUCUACCAUAAAAGCCUGAUUGGUGGAGUGCUGCAGAGAUGGUUGUCCUUCUGGAAGGUUCUCCCAUCUCCACAGAGUGACCAUCAGGUUCUUGGUCACCUCCCUGACUAAGGCCCUCCUCCCCAGAUUUCUCAGUUUGGCCGGGCGGCCAGCACUAGGAAGAGUCUUGGUGGUUCCAAACUUCUUCAAUUUAAGAAUGCUGGAGGCUACUGUGCUGUUGAGGACCUUCAAUGGAGCAGAAUUUUUUUGGUACCCUUUCCCAGAUCUUUGCAUCGACACAAUCCUGUCUCAGAGCUCUACGGACAAUUCCUUCAACCUCAUAGCUUGGUUUUUGCUUUGACAUGCACUGUCAACUGCGGAACCUUAUAUAGACAGGGGUGUGCCUUUCCAAAUCAAGUACAAUCAAUUGAAUUGUAGAAGUUGUAGAAACAUCAAGGAUGAUCAAUGGAAACAGGAUGCACCUGAGAUCAAUUCCCAGUCUCAUAGCAAAGGGUCUGAAUACUUAUGUAAAUACGGUAUCUGUUUUUUAUUUUUAAUACAUUUGCAAACAUUUUCUAAACUGUUUUCGCUUUGUCAUUAUGGGGUAUUGUGUGUAGAUUUAAUACAUUUUAGAAUAAGGCUGCAAUGUAACAAAAUGUGGAAAAGGUGAAGGAGGACACUGCUGGCUUCAGGAAGCCCUGAUUUGAGGAAAAAUGUCUCUGUAUUUGUGUUUUUGUUUUUAAUGCGUUGGUUGUUUUGUGUAAAGAAUUUAAAAAAUUAAAUGAAUUGUCUACAAAUAAAGAUAAAGGAAGCCCUCACUGCUGUGUCAAGCACAGAGCACACAUUUGGAUUUCUAAACAAUAGGAGUUCUUAUUCAAUUGUUUAACAAUGACAUACAGGAUAUUUGGGCCACUAUCUUCUAUCUGUACUGAUGUUAGAAUAUUGAAGUAGCCUAUCACAUCUGUGUUGACAGUUAAUAAUGCAGCUAAUCAUUUCUUUUAAUAAAGUCGUUUUUUAAUGGAUGUCAUAGUGAAACACUAUUUUCCUCUGUUGAACAUGAUUUCUGUGCUGGUUCAUACUAGGCAGGUUUAAUACAUCCUCUAUCAGCUCUAUUUCCUGCCUCUUACCCCCAACCCUAUCCUGGACCGUUUUCAUAAAGCGUCUGAGAUAAGGGCCGAUCUAGGAUCAGUUCGCCCCUUCCCAUUCAUUAUAAUUGACAUAAAGCACCUCAAAUGAGUGCUAAUCUAGGAUCAGAUUGCCCCUGUACAUUCAUUAUAAUUGACAAGGCAUAACUAGAUCAGCACUCCCACUCAGACGCUUUGGAUCCGAUUACGAUUUAGGAAAUUAUGCCUUUUUUACCCACUUCUCAGUAGUUGGUAUUCAGACUUAUCAUAUGAACGGGCGUAAUGGGCUUUGCAGGCGUGAUUAUUUUGUGUGCGCUGAACAAAUGUAAUUCAACCGCUGAAAACCGAUGGCCAACAGAUGUUCUCAUUGAGUUUUAAUUCAGCAAGGUUUUCAGGUAAUUUAUCUUAAGCCGUGAUACCUUUAAAUACAGUGUACCUUCAAUUAGAAUUUUGUCGACAGACUAGAAUACAUUGAGAGAACGAGUUCAGAAACGGUUCAGAAAAUAGGGGUAAAUGAAAGAAAGCCAUCUAAAUAUUAUUUUUUUAAAUCCAUUUCCCUUUUUUCUGAACCCGUUCUUCGAUGUAUUCUAGUCUGUCGACAAAAUUCUAAAUAUUGCGCCAUGGGUUUGGUUCAAACUGUCACGGCUCAGUCUGUGCCCCAGCUCCAGAACCAUUUAAUUAGCCUACAUCAGUUUUUUUGUUAACACUUUACUUGACACCUAGCAUCAUAACAUGUUAUGACACGGUCAUAUUCAUGUCACAAAUAUGUCAUAAUAGCUGACAUAACUUGUCAUAACCUGUCCAUAAUAUCGUCAUAACCCUGCCAUGACCCAUAUAUUUAUACCUGUUGUGACAUAUUGCGUUAUUUUAUGGCUGGUUAAGACACCUACAUAAGAGUGUCAAAAUCGACAUUUAUUCAAAUGUGUUUUUUUGCUGCCAAGAAUUGUCCUUUAGUUUGAAAGUUUGCCAAGAGUGCGCAAAGCUGUAAUCAAGGCAAAGGGUGGCUAUUUGAAGAAUCUCAAAUAUAAAAUAUAUUUUGAUUUGUUUAAUACUUUUUUGGUUACUACAUAAUUCCAUAUGUGUUAUUUCACAGUUUUGAUGUCUUCACUAUUAUUCCACGACGUAGAAAAUAGUAAAACUAAAGAAAAACCCUUGAAUGAGUAGGUGUUCUAAAACAUUUGACCGGUAGUGUACACACAUUACAUUUGAAAUAAAUAGUCAUCAGACAUCUCCGGUAUACAUUAUGUAGUUAUGUAGAAAUCUUACUUUGUGCAUCUUGUCUUUGGUGUCAUAAACAAUCCUUGCUUCCUGCCUGUGCUUGGUAAGGAUAUGAGAGGGGCCGUUAUGACCUCCUCCUUUAGACUAGUUGGCAGAACGCCCAGAAUAUGUUCUUUAAGUUAAGAUACGAGACAGUGCCAGACACAUGCCGGAACUAACCCAAUGAACUAUGCUUAUGUAACGUGUCUGUAACCAGUCUAUAAGUGAACUAAACGGGACUGCCCCAUUAGAGCAUCUGACAGACGUUCACUAUGGUGCAUUAAGUUUGUAAGAACCUCUCCAGUGCGCUGACAAUAAACCAUGAUUAAUUUAA